AUGCCAGCUUUAGAAAAUAAGCCUAACCUUAAGUUUGAUCUUAUCUUAGAAAUGCUUUUGUCUGGGCUUGGCCACAAUAAGAAAAAGUGGAAGAUGGAGCGGCAACAACAAGAUGUUUGUCUGGGUAUGGAGGGUGAUGUUAACUUUCAAGAACCAGAAGGUUCCGACAUGUCAGAGAAGAAGAAGAAUAUGCGCAGAAUGAGCAAUGGUGGGGCGAGCAAAAAGCCGCAGCCUUUGGUGGAAGUGGAAGACAUUGAGGACGGGAUAUCAUUCUCCAGAGACGAGACUCAAAAACUCAGAGUGGCCCUUUUGGACUGGUACGACCUCAACCACAGGGACCUUCCUUGGAGAACACAUCACCGUGAAAGUGAAGAAAAACAAGAAGAAGAAGAAGAAGAAGAAGUGGAAAGAAGAGCUUAUGGGGUGUGGGUUUCGGAGGUUAUGCUGCAGCAAACUAGGGUUCAGACUGUUAUUGCCUAUUACAACCGUUGGAUGAAAAAAUGGCCCACCAUUCACCAUCUUGCACAAGCUUCUCUCGAGGAAGUAAAUGAGAUGUGGGCAGGUUUGGGCUACUACCGAAGAGCACGUUUUCUUUUUGAGGGGGCAAAGAAAAUAGUUGCAGAAGGAGGCAAAAUUCCUAAAAUGGCUUCUAUGCUACGAAAGAUUCCUGGAAUUGGAGACUACACAUCUGGAGCAAUUGCUUCUAUUGCAUUUAAAGAGGUGGUACCUGUUGUUGAUGGAAAUGUGGUAAGGGUGAUUGCUAGACUAAGGGCUGUUUCUGCGAAUCCAAAAGACUCAGCAACCGUUAAGAGAUUUUGGAAAUUAGCAGCUCAGUUGGUUGAUCCCAUUCGUCCUGGGGACUUCAAUCAGGCUCUCAUGGAACUUGGGGCAACUGUUUGCACCCCUUUGAACCCAAGCUGUUCCUCAUGUCCAGCAUCAGAAUUUUGUCAUGCACUAUCAAAUGCUAAACAUGAUAGUACAGUAGCUGUUACAGAUUAUCCUGUUAAGGGUGUGAAGGUUAAACAAAGACGUGAUUUUUCUGCUGUAUGUGUUGUUGAGUUAUUUGGAGCUGAAACAUUGUUAGAUAAAAAUCAGUCUAUUAGCAAGUUUAUUCUUGUUAAAAGGCCUGAAGAAGGGUUGCUUGCUGGUCUGUGGGAGUUUCCAUCUGUCUCACUGGAUGGAGAAACAGUUCCGUCUUCUAGAAGAGAAGCAAUGGAUCACUUCCUUAAAGCAAAUUUCAAAAUUGAUGUCAGAAAGGCUUGCAAUAUAGUUUUGAGGGAAGAUAUUGGGGAAUUUGUUCACAUUUUCAGUCACAUUCGCCUCAAGUUGUAUGUUGAAUUGCUAGUGUUACAAUUUAAAGGAGGAAUAGAUGAUUUGUUCAAAAGCCCAGACGAUAAAACAACUUGGAAGUGCGUUUACAGCAAUGCACUUCCUAGUAUGGGACUGACAACAAGUGUCUCAUGCUUGUGCAUUGAGCAAGUGGAAUGA